AUGGAACCAGUCCAAGAAGGGGAGGAUACACAAUUUGCUGAGGUGUGCUACAUGAGCAAUGGGCAAGGAGGUUACAACAAAGGAUACUAUAAUUACAAGUCCAACCCUGCCAUGUCAUACCGCAACACUGAUGUUGCUAACCCUCAGGACCAAGUCUAUCCUCAACAACAAGCAGCUCGAUCGAGUCAAGCCCACAACAUGGGUAUGGCUUUCCCCACCAACCACCCCAGCCUGCACCUACAAGAGAAUGAGCUCAAGGCAAUGCUAAAGCAACUACUUCAAGGGCAAGCUGAUGGGGUAGUGGACACAAGCAAGAAGCUAGCUGAAAUAAACUCCAAGAUCGAGAAUCUCAACACAAGGGUUUACUCUCUGGAGAAUCAUGCUUCUUCUGUUGCUGCUGCUACAAAGCAAGGACAACUACCUGAGAUUGUUGCUGCUGAGGCUCCUGGAGUCCAGAUUGAUCAACCAGAAGUGCAGGCACCUACUGUGGCCAUUCACACUUCACCAGUUGAGCUCGCACAACAAGCUCGAUCGGCAGCUCGAUCGAGUCCAACUCUAGCUCGAUCGAGUCCGACCUCUCUGUCCCAAAGCCGAUUUUGCUUGAUCCUUACCAACCGUUGA